AUGGCUGUACUGUCAGCGGUCAACGAAAUACCCAAUCAGAGGCCAGAGAGCACGGACUAUACCUACCCCUCGGCCAAUAGAAACGCCGGAAAUGCCACCAUAACCGAGGCCGCCAUCAACAUCCCACUCUCCAAUGUCUCGUCCUUCAAUAACCUCCACGCAACCUUGCCUAACCUACUUCCCGCAAGCAUGCGUGACAGAGACAGAGACGAGAAGCCUUUGUGGCGACGGCUGGUAGGUGAGGUGCGUGCGCGUGGCUUCAGAGGACGUUGGCUGCUGCUAUGUGUGGUGGUGGGGGUGUGCCUGUGCUUGCACUGGCUGUCGAUGGUGGCUAGUGCGGAUGUGGGCGACACCUCCCCGAUGGUCAUCGAGCAUGCGGCGGUGGAGAACUACAAGAACAAGGAUGCUCGCUAUGGCAUCCUCAUUGACGCAGGCAGUAGUGGGUCUCGGCUGUACGUGUACCAGUGGCCGGACAGUGCGGCGAAGGAGUCGUUGGAGAACUUCCUGAAGAUCAAGGAGUCUCAGGACGCCAACGGACAGGGCCUGGUCAUGAAGAUAGAACCAGGACUGUCUUCGUUUGAGGACAACAUUUCCGGUGCGUUUGUGUCGUUAGUCCCGCUGCUUGACUUUGCGUUCAAGCACGUGCCCGCCGCACAGCACGUGCACACGCCGCUGUAUGUACUGGCCACUGCUGGGCUGAGGCUGAUGACGGAGGAACACCAGAGCCAGAUGAUACAAGACAUCAGCAAACGUAUCCCAGAGGACUACGACUUCGACUUUAAACAGGGCAAUAUGCGCAUCAUCUCGGGAGAGGAAGAGGCCAUGUUUGCUUGGGUGACGGCCAAUACGCUGAUGGGCCAUUUGGUAACCCAUGGCAACCCACGCGGCCCUACUGUGGGCGUAGUGGACAUGGGCGGCGCCUCUUCACAGAUCGCUUUUGAGAUUCCGUCGACGCAGAGUGUCAACACACAUGUCAAAAUCUCUGACACCAUCCCCGACAGCUCAGUCAUGGAUUUGGAGCUAGGCGAUGCCAAUUACAGG